AUGAAGAAAGUUAAUAAAUUAGAUCUUUGUCAUUUUCCAGGUUAAGAAAUUUUAUUAUAAUAUGAUAAUAAUCGUAUUUUAUAACUUGAUUUACUCAAAUCCCUAAAUAUUUCAAAUCCUAGUCUCAUAUAUAGGAAUUUUAUAUGA